AUGAAGUCUUCAGUCCUGAACCUGGAACAGGACCCGGACCGCUACAAACCAAUUUGCCAGAAGUACAUUAACAGAUACAGGUUUGCAACUCUCUACGACACGACCAACAAGAUCCCUGUGUUCUCAGCCUACAUCUUCACUGGUCCUCCUCCUAAAGGCAGACCAAAUCCACCCUGGAUGAUCGAGCCCCAGCUGGAAGAUAUAACAAACCUACCUGACAUGAAGGUGGAUAAAAACGUCAUAAACCAGGCUGCGGAAGCGGACUACAAUGUAAAAAAUAAAACCAUAGACAGAGGUCAUAUAUUCCCAUGUUCGUAUGCGCCUGAUGAGGAUACCAAUAAGUCCACUUUCACCAUGACAAACGCUGUUCCCCAGGAAAGAUCCUUCAACCGAAUCAGCUGGUGUACAAUGGAGUGCAGAGUCAAAAUAAAGCUUAUGACGGACUGUCUUGAUAGCAACGGGAAGAUAAAGGCCUAUGUGGUGACUGGAGCAGUGCCCAGUACGAACAACAAACUGAACGACCAAGUGAACAUCCCAUCUCUCCUGUGGACAGCCUACUGCUGUUACAACAGCAACCAGAGACAGUGGGUGGCCGAAGCACACUGGGGUGAGAACAAAAAAGGAUAUGCCCCUAAAACGGUCAACCAUUAG